AUGCAGGCGUCCGCUGAACCUGGGGCGGCCGAGGACACCGUAAAAGGCCGUAUCCCUGAUGCUGCGCAACAGAGAACACCGAAAAAGUUGCCUAUUCCUCGGCUUCCUACUUCAUCACUCAAGUCUAAUCAGCAGCGCACGGCACGUGCGUGUGCUGCUUGCCGUACCAGAAAGACCAAGUGCGACGGUCGCAAGCCCGUGUGUAGGCAAUGUAGUCGCCUCGAUCUCGACUGUUACUAUGCAGGGUCAAAACGUGAACGUCAGCAGCUGGAAUUGGAUACUGUUCGUUUCAGAGCUACAGCCUAUGAAACUCUGCUGCGCGAUAUCAUCUCGGAAAGCAAUCGCAUGGACAUCAAGCCCAUCGAAGAGAUCAUCAGUAAACACUUUCAAGGGAAUCCAGAAGCAUUCUCCACACUGAUGGCUGCUCGAUCGCUAUCGGAUCAACAUCUGCAACAGCCACAUCCCGGUAUCUCACUGGCUCGCAUGCACCUAACCUUGGCCUCCAAUCGCGCCAGCUCUACUCAACCUCUGCAGGAUUGUCCACUGGUACAAACCAGCAACAUCGGCCACUGGACCGAUCUCGUCGACAAUACCACUGCCAGCCAUCUUUUGUCUCUCUACUUUACGUGGGACAACCCGACAUGGCAUCUCAUCGACCAGGAAAUGUUCCUUCGCGACCUCGAGAGCGGUCGUACGCGGUUCUGUUCAUCUCUUCUGGUCCAUGCGCUUUUGUUCUUCGGCUGUGUAAUCGCUAUUCCGAGUUUCUCUUACCAUCUGGCGCGAAUCACAGAUCGACGGGAGGAGAAAGUGUUGGGCGAGAAGCUGUAUUCGGCCCUGCAACGCCUGUGGAAUAUUGAAAAAGAAAUCACCUGCCUUCCCACGGCGCAGUCGAGUAUCAUGAUUGGCUUGUUGUGUUGUACCUUUGGGAUUGAUCGAAUGGGAACAAGUUAUAUCAUGCAUGGCGCUACGUUAUGUCGUCAACUGGGGCUUCAUCAGGAACAGCCGUCUUUUCUCCAGGACGAUAUCGAUCGAGAAGCCGAUUCCGUUUCUAGGUGUCACAAACUAAUCUCAUGGGCUGUUUUCGACGUUCAAGCACUAGCGGCGCAAGUGUACCGAAAGAAAUCGGCCUGGAAAGAGCCGCCGUCCGUCAGUUUUUCUGAAACCGAAGCGGCAGCUCUAGAUGAAGGAGAUGAAUGGAGCCCAUACCCUUUUCUUAAUCCAAUCUUUCGGCCUUUUGUGCACACGGCUGCAAGAGCUCGAGGGGGCUUGGUAGUCAUUGUCAAUGAUAUCGCCAUCUUUGCCUUGAAGUUUCCGGACUCACCCAUGAACCAAGAAGACUGGGAGUACGGCUUCCAGCUCUAUGAGAAGCUCCUGGACUGGCGGGCCAGUUUACCUUCUGUUGUCACUCCGGACGAGAACACGUCGCCACAUAUUCUCAUUUUACAUAUGUACUAUCAUGCGACAGUUGUCUCAUUAUGCGAGCUUUUCAAUCUCUAUUCCGAUUCAACGAACACCCCAAUCAAUACCGAAUUCGACACCCAGGGCCUCAAACUACAGGCCAUGAGUGCCAUCGGAUCUCUCAUUCUCUUGUUUCAAACCUGCCAUGGAUUCAAGUCUUUGCCGGUUGUUAUGCUCCAUUACUUUUGUGCGGCAGGCGUGCAUUCCAUCUCUCAAUUGCGCCCGCAAGAUCCCAAGUGGAGCCUCGUCUUGGAGAGUUGUGUGGUUGGUCUCUGGCACAUGAGUCUCGGAUGGGGUCGGUUGUGCACUGCGUUCCUCCGGACCAUCGAACUAGUCCUCAAGGCCACAAAACCAGACGUAUCUCUCAUUUCACCCAAGGUUCGAGCUGUCAUGCAACAACUCAACACCAAUCGUUGGACCGCGACAGACGUGAAGUCGUUGGCGGCAGACUAUGUUGUGUAUCAUGUUCCGAAUUCCAAGGGCCAGGGUGCCGCUGCGGGGCCACAGCACCAGGCUCAUGGGCUGCAAAGCCUGAUAUAUGCCAUGGAUGAGCAUUCUCUCGGCUGAUGGACGAGCAAGUGGCACAUGCGCGCCAUCCCAGCUACC